AUGCCGUUCACCGUUGGUCCAGGGCGGAAUGAGAAGGCCGCUGAGGCGGCAGCGGCGGCGGCGGCGGCGGCAACGGUGGCGGCAGCUUCGUCAUCGAGAAACGGGCUAUCCGGGGUAGUGCACCAGGUGGGGAACAGAGAAAGUUUCCGGAUGUAGAACCGCUAUCCAUGCGGGGCGACGGAGGGAGGGCAUUUUUUGUGUCGUUCUCUUUGUCGGGGCCGGGCCAGUACCAUGCUUCGGGAAAGUGAUUGUUGUUGCCAUCGUUCUGCCUUGCCUCCUCAUAUUGUACGGUGAGCGGUAUUGUAGAGCAAGGUGUGAACCUUCCUAUUUGUUGGUGUUGUUGCCUAGGCGUUCAAGACGUAAGAGCCCCGCACCAAUUAGGUGUAUUCCGUACGGGACCCGCCGUGUUAAGGUGAGUGUUGGAUAUCGUAUCGAUUUUUUCGAUAUAUCGCAUCGAUUUAUGGUAUCGAUAUCGGAUAUCGAAAACAUUUGAACUUUUCGAUUUUUCGGUAUUUCGAUAUCGAUACGAUAAAACGAUAAAUACUCCACGGACCCCCGAUGUUCCACACGGAACUCCCACAGCUGCACACCUCGCAGCACACAUCAGCUGCACGCCGUGAAAUGCGCGCAUUCAACGAAGUAGCUGCAGCUACUAUCCAUAUAUCUCUCGUGUAAUUGCGCCAUUUUUCUCUCAUAUAUGUGAGAGCUUGGCUUUUGUGCGACGAGCAAGCUUGCUUUUCUUGUUGCGGCGUGCGAUACCACUGAGCUUUCUUGAAGCAGUAGUGUAGAAUAAUGAACUGAUGAAUAUGAUUUUGGUUUUUCAGUUUAGAUGUAGACUACUAGUACCCACAUGCUGUAACAUGUUUUAUCAAGCAGUUGGCUGUACACUGCAGGCUUCGGAGGCCUAUUUUCCGGUAAUUUUGAUGGGAAAUGAAGCGAAAUUGCUCCAGCUUCUUUUUGGCCUCCGGCGGCGCCUCCAGCGGGGCCCCCUCACCAACCGGGGGAGGGGCGCUUGGGCUCGCACAGCGAGCUUCCGCGCCUUCGCGCGUCAGCUUACUGUGCUCGCCGACUCGUUGCGCUCGCCACCAACGGCUCGCUUCGCUCGCCAAUAUCGAUAUCGAUAUCGAUAUUCAACACUAGUGAAGAUAUAUUGUGGAACAGAGGUUUGUUGCCUUCUCUCAGGAAACAGCACCUGUUCUCGAGUGUUGGCGUGUACCGUGACAAGCAUGGAAAUUUGUUCAGAAUCCA